GACAGAGGCGGCGGCAGCAGCAGCGGGAGGAGGGCGUCGGGCUGCGCUGGAGUGAGCGGGCGGCAUGGUGUCCUGGCGGCGGAGGCCGGGGCCCGGCCUUGCGCGGCUGUGGGGCUUGUGCUGCCUGGUGCUGGGUUGCUGGCGGGGCGCGCUGGGCUGCCCCGCGUCCUGUCGCUGCAGUUCCUGGCGGAUCUGGUGCUCGGAGCCCGUGCCCGGCAUCACCUCCUUCCCCGUGCCGCAGCGGAGCACCGAGGAUGACAAUGUCACCGAGAUUUACAUCGCAAACCAGCGAAAAUUAGAAAGUAUCAAUGACAAUGAAGUUGGAUUUUACGUUGGACUUAAAAAUCUGACUGUGGUGGAUUCAGGCUUAAGAUUUGUGUCCCGUCAGGCAUUUGUGAAAAACAUCAACCUACAAUACAUCAAUUUAUCUAGAAACAAGCUCUCAAGUUUGUCCAAGAAGCCUUUUCGCCAUCUGGGUUUGUCUGAUCUGAUACUGGUGGACAAUCCAUUCAAGUGUUCCUGUGAAAUUAUGUGGAUUAAGAAAUUUCAAGAGACCAAGUUUUACACAGAAGCUCAGGAUAUAUACUGUGUAGAUGACAGUAACAAGCGAAUAGCCCUGAUGGAUAUGAAGGUCCCAAACUGCGACUUACCAUCAGCAAACUUAAGCAAUUACAACAUCACUGUGGUGGAAGGAAAGAGCAUCACACUGUACUGUGAUACAACCGGAGGGCCACCCCCUAAUGUGUCCUGGGUGCUCACUAACCUUGUUUCAAACCAUGAGAGUGACACAAGUAAGAAUCCUGCCUCGUUAACCAUAAAGAAUGUUUCGUCCAUGGACAGCGGACUGUGGAUUUCGUGUGUGGCGGAGAACAUUGUGGGAGAGGUCCAAACCUCUGCCGAACUGACGGUAUUCUUUGCACCAAAUAUCACUUUUAUUGAAUCUCCAACCCCGGACCACCACUGGUGCAUUCCAUUCACUGUGAAAGGGAACCCUAAGCCCACAUUGCAGUGGUUCUAUGAAGGAGCUAUAUUGAAUGAGUCUGAAUACAUCUGUACUAAAAUACAUGUUAUCAAUCAAAGUGAAUACCAUGGCUGCCUUCAGCUGGACAACCCUACCCACCUGAACAAUGGUGCUUAUACCUUACUGGCCAAGAAUGAGUAUGGAGAGGAUGAAAAGCGGGUUGAUGCUCAUUUCAUGUCAGUGCCUGGAGAUGGUAGUGGCCCAAUUGUGGAUCCAGACGUUUAUGAAUAUGAAACCACGCCUAAUGAUCUUGGAGACACCACAAAUAACAGUAAUCAAAUCACUUCUCCGGAUGUUUCCAACAAAGAGAAUGAAGAUAGCAUCACUGUGUACGUUGUGGUGGGAAUUGCAGCACUGGUAUGCACUGGCUUAGUAAUAAUGCUCAUUAUUCUGAAGUUUGGAAGACACUCUAAGUUUGGGAUGAAAGUUCAUGGUGAAGUAAAAGGAGUUGGUCUGGUAGAUCAAAUAUGGCUUUCAUUGCAAGACUGCGACAAUGAAGGUCCUUCUUCAGUUAUCAGCAAUGAUGACGAUUCAGCCAGUCCUCUCCAUCACAUCUCAAAUGGCAGUAACACUCCAUCUUCUUCUGAGGGAGGUCCAGAUGCGGUCAUCAUUGGGAUGACAAAGAUUCCAGUCAUCGAAAAUCCCCAGUACUUUGGAAUUACCAACAGUCAGCUCAAGCCAGAUACUUUUGUUCAGCACAUCAAGCGCCACAAUAUUGUUCUCAAAAGAGAACUGGGAGAAGGAGCCUUUGGAAAAGUGUUUCUGGCAGAAUGUUACAACCUCUGUCCCGAACAGGACAAGAUCUUGGUAGCAGUGAAGACUUUGAAGGAUGCCAGUGACAAUGCCCGCAAGGACUUCCACCGUGAGGCAGAGCUGCUGACUAAUCUGCAACAUGAGCACAUUGUCAAGUUCUAUGGUGUCUGUGUCGAGGGUGAUCCACUCAUCAUGGUCUUUGAGUACAUGAAGCAUGGAGAUCUGAACAAAUUCCUCAGGGCACAUGGACCAGAUGCAGUACUGAUGGCAGAAGGCAACCGACCAGCUGAGCUGACACAGUCCCAGAUGCUUCAUAUUGCCCAGCAGAUUGCAGCUGGUAUGGUUUACCUGGCAUCACAGCACUUCGUGCAUCGAGACCUUGCUACCCGGAAUUGCCUGGUUGGUGAGAACCUACUGGUGAAGAUUGGGGAUUUUGGGAUGUCUAGAGAUGUGUACAGCACAGACUACUACAGGGUUGGGGGUCACACCAUGCUGCCCAUUCGCUGGAUGCCUCCAGAAAGUAUCAUGUAUAGGAAGUUCACCACUGAAAGUGAUGUCUGGAGCCUGGGAGUUGUAUUAUGGGAAAUCUUUACCUAUGGCAAGCAGCCAUGGUACCAGCUCUCAAACAAUGAGGUGAUUGAGUGCAUCACUCAGGGCCGAGUCCUUCAGCGACCUCGCACGUGCCCCAAGGAAGUGUAUGACUUGAUGCUGGGAUGUUGGCAACGGGAACCUCAUAUGAGGCUCAACAUCAAAGAAAUCCAUUCCCUCCUUCAGAACUUGGCCAAGGCAUCUCCGGUCUACCUGGAUAUUUUAGGCUAAAGUCUCAUAGCAUUUCUUUUAUGGGCUGUGUGAAUGAAUGUGUUCAACUGCCGCUGAACUCCAUUAAAAUGUGUUCUUAACUUUGACAGUAUUAAUGACAAAGUUGUGGAGAAGCUUUUAAAGGGCAAGCAAUGUACACUUCUCCAUGUGUAGACACAGUAUUGACUUUUUAGACACUACUGAGACGUAUCUCUUCUCUCUCUCCCUCUUUCAGUUUCUAUCAUCCUUUUCUUCUCUCCUGUCUUUCUAAUCAAUUUGGCUUCUGCAUUAUUGUUACUCUGCAUAGACAAAGGCCUUAAAAACCUGAUCUGUUAUAUCAGCAGACUCUCCAGUUUGCCCAUCACAACUAACAAUGCCUUGUUGUAUUCAUGCCUUUGAUGUGGAUGAAAAAAAGGGAAAAUAUAUUUGACUCGAACUUUUUGAUGUCUGCUGUAAAGAUACUGAGAGUUUCUAUGGAUUCACCUCAAGUUUUUUGCUUCAGCAUGUGGGUGGAAAAAGAAGACUGGUAUUCUCUACAUGAAGAGUACUCCUUGCAGAGAAAAAGCCAGAUGGAAACAAGACAGUGUUGUGUGAUCCACUAUCUGGAGGAACUGUGGGAUCAGAUGGCAUCAAACCCCACUAAAAACAUUGAAAUGAAUUGAUGGAAGGCAAGAGGAGGUUUAGCACUUUCCCUGGAGAGUCUUUCUGAGGAGUAAGGGGAUUCAAGGAGGUACUUUGCCAGUACCUUUCAUUGCCAGAUACAAGUUUAUGUUAAAAGGGAAAAAGAUGCUGCCAGCACUGCACGCAAUUAUAUUGCAACGUGAUAAGUAAACACAUGCCCUUACUUCGUCUUCUGGUAGGAUAUUGUCAUGCCACUGGUACAAAAAUGUUCUCCAGCAAGUCUUUUUAAAUAAAGCUAGGCUUAUUAACAUACAGUACUAAUUUCAGGAUCACACAACGAAACUAAGGAUUUUGAUAAGACAGGACAAGCUAUGGAUGCUGGGGCAGAUGUAUCUUACACUCUGCUUGUCCAGCAGCAUAUUCCUUCCUCAAUCCUUUUUCUUUUUUUCAAACCGUGCGAGCAAAACUGUGCAUGGUCUCUGUCAAUUAAUGCCCUUUGUGCAGAAACUGUCAUUCAUCUUGUAAAACACCCUCGUAGGCAUAGCGAACUCAUAAUGGUAUAACUUAUAUUUCAUUGAAAGGGGAUAAUCAAAGACAUUAGCUAUGUUAAAAUGCCUUUACAAUGUUACAGAUACAAUAGACUGAUAUUACAUGAAUAAUCUAAAGCAUGGACAUCACUGGUUGUAUUUGAGCCAUGGCAGGGGAUAAAGUGAGAUACCCGGGGAAAACAAAUUACUCUGAGGUUAUGGCUCACUUCUCAGAGUGCAAAGACCUUGAGCUCAGCACCAUGUUUGUAUUGGUAUUAGUGCUGUCAUUACCAACAUCCAGUCUUUCUUAAAUAAUUUCUUUUUUGUUGGAUGGGCAUUGUGUGUGUACUUUUGCAUGGCCACUGUGUUGACGACAAGUGCAUGGGCAUAUCUGUUAUUUUUCAAACCGGAAGUUGAAGAUUUCAAAUUUAGAGCUAGGAUUAUUUUUAAUAUGAAUUCUUACAAAAGACAACCUACCUUAUCUAUUCCUCAAUACUUUUGCCUCCCUCUGUGAGGGGGCGUUACUGCAAAAAAAAAAAACAAAAACAAAAACAAAAAAAACAAAACAAAAAAAAACAAAACAAAAAAAACAACUUUGUUUUCUUUUUCUCUUUUUGUUAUUUCUGAUUGAUAUGAGCCAGAUCAAAAUAGUCCUUCAUUUUUGUGUUGGGGAUAUUUUAUUUAAUAAAUUAAGCAUUUUAUUUUUGUAAAUGUUCUCAUAACACAUUUAAUAUAUGAUUUGCAUGCAUAUAUUAUUUAUUGAGGUACUUUAGUUUUCUUUCUUCUGAAGCUUUUAGAGCUAGCUUAUAAAGAUUUUGAACGUUUUCAGAAUAAAGCAGUUCUCUUGACAAUGAUGGAGUUUUACCCUUCUCAGUGUCAUUGAAAGGGCAGCAUUACAAAUAAACAUGACAGUGUAUCUAUAAAGCCAUACUCAGUAUUUCUUUAAGAAACAAGAUGUUAUUUCGUAAUUGCUACUGAACUGGAAACAAACAAAAAGCCAGAGGAAGAUUCUUACAAAGUGGGCCUUAAGAUUUUAUCUAGACUGUCCUGGAAGUUCAUAUAGAAAGCUAGAUAAAGACCGAGCAUCCACUGAAACUCAUUCACUUGAGAAUUUGAGUUUCACGUUUUAUAGGAAUUUGGGUCUGAUUUUCAAAAUAACAGUGGUGGAAAAGAAAAUUGUCCACUGAUAGUGUGCAAUGGGAGAAGGCUGCAGGUGACAGAGGGAGAGAUGCCGAGUUUCUGCCUGCUGUAUUCUGUCUUAGGGUCUUAUGAGCUUAAGGAAAAGGCAUCUGAGAUGCUCCUUCUGAGCAGUCUGAAAAGCAGACUCCAGCCUGAAAGCAAACAGGUGGGUUUUGCAAGCACUGAAAGAAUGAAUACCAAAAAAAUCACCACCAAUAAAACAAAACAAAACAAAUGCAAACCCACAAAAUCUUGAAAUAAUAAUCAGUGGCAUCUUCUUUUUGAUUUACUAGUGAGACUACUAUAGUCAUUUCCAAAAAUGAGUAAUGUUACAAUGCAUUGUGCAAUAACAUAGCAGUAUGUUAAACUUUUAAAGGACCAAAUGUUCUACAGAGCCACCAGUAUGGUAACCUUGAUCUGUAUCAUUAAUGUUCUUGAUAGCACAUAAAAUGUGUAAUCAGAGUAGACACAAGCUAUAAAGUGAAGCUAUACAUAUUUUGCAUUCGUUCAUGAAAAGGUGGGUAAGUGUAGCAGAAUGAGCAGAGAAAAGGAAGAAAUAUUCUCAAAUCCCAGUUAAGGGUGAGUAUAUGUGCAUAUUCAUCAUGCUUGCACUGUCCGCUAAAUUGUGUACACUGAGUAACUAUGACAAUCAGGCUCAUUUAAAAAGUCUUUCUGGACUGUGCUAUGAACUGAUCAUAUAUAUAAUAUAUAUGUGUGCUUGCAUAUGGCAUAUAUAUAUACACACACAUAGCAUAUACAUGUAUGCCUAUGUCUGUUGUAUUUUAUUUAUAUGUGCAGACAUGCAUGCACAUUAUGUAUGGAUUGUGUGUAUAUGUAUAAAUUUACAUACACCUACGUUAUAACAAAUGAUAAUUAGAGUGCUAUUAAUAAAUUGAUUAAGUCUGCUGAGUAACCAAAAUCAUAUUUUCUUUUGAUGUUUCUUUUUCUUUGUUUGUAAGAUUCAACUUUUUAACUGGUUUGCAGCAGAGGCAAAGUUAGAAUGCCAGAGAUAUAACAAGAAACUUUUCUCCCCCUUAUGAUUGCAUAAAAACAUUUCUUCCAUUCCCAUCUCACUUGUUAAUUCGUCACAAGGAAAUGAACAGAUAAGCUUCCAAGCUCCAGAAGUAGAGUUUGACUGACUGUCAUUUCUGGGUUUGUGCUAUUGUUGUUUUGUUGUCCUAGAAUAACAGUGCAGCUCCAUUAGCAUUUUAUACUCGUCUGCAGUAGCAAAAUAAUUCCAAGAAUGAGCUGGACUAUUCAGACUGCAACACUACUUGUAGGACAUUGAGAAUGCCAAAAUUCAGCAGUAAUUGCGGCAGCUGCCACCCUGUCCGUCACACUCAGUUGAUCUACACAGCCCUGAACUGAUGGUGGUGAACAGGUAUUUGUAAAGUGACAGCACCCCAUGAUGCAUGAUGGAGUGUACCCUUUUAAUAUGACUUCACUGAUUUUGAUUUGUAAACCAGUAUAUCUGUGUAUUGUCUAUAGUUUAACAAGUAAACGCCUAUAUUUUUCUUUCUUUUUCUCUCUUUCUUUCUCACUUCUUUCAUUCACUUUCUCCUUCUCUUCCCUCCUCCUUUCCUUCUAUUUCUUUCAUCCUCUUCUCUUUUAGCUCCUUUCUCUUUCACUCUCUUUCCCCCUUGCCUUCCUCCUGUCUAUUCUUCCCCACCUUUCUCAGAUACUGUUUUUGUUGUGGUUGAUGUAGACUUUAUAGAACACUUUAAUAAGAAAUAAAACAACAACCCAGUCAAAUGAUCAGAUCACUGGAUGUAUAAGAUACAGUGUGUAUGCAUUAGACUAUGUCUGAGUUGUUGCAGCUUGUAAGGGAAUUUCAAAUACUGCUAUAAAAUGUGAGAGAGGGACCCGGGGAAGUGAUGGUGAAUAGAUCAGGGUUUUUAAUCAAAGACGAAGGUUUCGAUAGCACAGGAAGUUGUAUUUUCUUGUCAGGUCUGGGAUGAACCACUGCUGCUGUGAAUCAAGAGGUCCUAUAAGAGCCUUAGUUAAAAGACCUUUAUUUGGGCUGGGGUGGGGGGGUGGGUAAGGGAUGCUACAUUCAUCAUAAAUAUGAAGCAAAAAAAAAAAAAAAGAAAAAAAAAGAAAAAAAAAACCUACAUGUUGCAGGGAAAACACUGUGAAUUUCACAAUAGCAACCAAGUGACUAUUUUGCCAUCUUUUAAACAUAUGUCUCAGGAGAAGAAAUGGGAAAUGAUGGGUGUAUUAUUUUACUGUCUAUGCAUUCUAGACCAGGUCUGUGGGGACUUUUUUGUUUGCUUGUAGAAGGUUCCGAGUGAUGACUGGCUGGUAUUUUAUAAACACUGAGUACUUUGUGCAAGAAUAAUAGAAGCUGCCAGUAGUAAGGCCAUUUGAUUGGAAUACGUAAGAAAAUCAAAUCUUUCCAGAGGCCUAUAUAUUGCAGCUUAUAUGUAUCUUUCUGUAAUGAAGAAAAGCAGCUAAGAAUGUUUUAUACAAAAGCAACUUAAUUCAACACUGAUGCUUAAUUGAAUAGAGAAUCAAUUAACUAUGAAAUAUUUGCCCCAGCCCUGCUCUCCACCUAUACUUUAUGUAUAUAUAUAUUUCUAGAUAUCUCUCUCUUUGUCACUCGAGAUAAGGAGGAAGAUACCUACAUAUAAAUAUAAAUCUCUAUAUUGUCACCAAACUGUGACCUGGUGUGUAGAGCUAUCUUUCUUCUUUCUUUUUUCCUUUUCUUUCUUUCUUUUUAAUGUGAUGUCUCUGUGCAAAUAUUUAGUGGUUCUUGUUUUGCAGUUUGUUAUAACAGGUCAUUGCUUUAAAACUUACAUUGCAUCUUGGCUGAUUUCAAAGUGAUGCCUAGGUAUCAGUGUUAAGUUUUGUUUGUGAAUCAUGUGACCAGUUUCUCUCCACAUGACAUGGAAAGUCUCUUGUAUUCCAGUGUAUUUAAUAAAAAUGAUGUCUUACAAUAAACAAUGUCAUCCAAAACAAAGAUAAAAUGAUUACUUCAAAGACCUACAA